AUGUCCCUUGCAGGAUUGAGGUAUCAGUCCACGACCUUUGGCACGGCACCUCAAGAGACCAAAUCUGGGUCGUACAUCUACUCAGGUAGCCCUAGUGGAUUCCAUGAGUGGGAGUUCAGGACCAAGAUUCGUGUGGAGUUCCUCAAGCAGAAGAUCAAGAAGAAGGUUUUGGAGCACAGGACCAAAUCUACGUCGACUUCACCUGAACGAGGACGGGCCGAGAGGAGCCCCGUCGUAGGACGAGGAGAGGAAGAUGAAGCCCAGAGUGACCCAGGAAGCCCAGAAGAUGGACGAACUGGACGUGAUGGACAGGGAGAUGGUGAGCAGGAGGAGGAGCGUUCUGACUAUGCUUCACCUCGUGCCGCGCCUAGCUUCCCAGGCUCAGUCGAGGAUGAACAGCUGUUAGGAGAGAUCGAUUCCCUGAGGGCUGAGUUGGUGCAAAAGGACCUUGGAGUUGAAACUUUGAUGAAGGAUGGUGGAAUUGAGACGCUGAUCACGACUUUGAAGAAGAUGAAUUUUCCCUUGCAAUCCUUGGAAGCCAAGGAGCUUUUCCGAGUUGGACAGAUGCAACAAGGCCCCUUGUCGCGCCAGACAGGGGAGUCAGUGACUUCCUUCAUUUCAAGACGUCGCAGAUGGUGGCGCCAGGUGAAGGAGCUCGACUCCAACAUGCUGAUUUCCGAUCAGAUGCGUGCCGAGCUUCUCAUCGAGAGCGCUGGUUUGACCAAGCAGGAGCAGCUCAUGAUCAGGACUGCUGCCAAGAACCAUACUUUUGAUGACUAUGCAGCCAUCUUGCUUGAGCACCAUGGGAGAAUCCAUUUGAUGAAGGAUUCCAGACCCCUUGCGCCGCAGUACAAGUCCAGUACCAACUACCCCCAGAAGAAAGGACAGUCCAAAGGGUCGCAAAAGCCCCGGUAUGGAAACAACCGCACAGCUCAUUGGUCAGAAGCCAAUGAGGAGACCUGGCAUGAUCCAGAGGAGUAUCACGGAGAAGAUGAGCACGAAGAAACCUACGAUGAACAAGGGUAUUUUGCCCACAACGAUGAAUCAGAACAGCCCACUGAGUGGGACUACGUCGAACAUGAUGACACCGCAGCUGCCUUGGUCACCAUGGCCGAGUGUGACCAUGAUGAGACACCAGCUGAAGGGCUGGAUGAUCUUGCAGAAGUUGCCCAACAGCUCUAUGUAGGUUACAUGGCCGCUGGCACCCACAAGGGGAAGACCAAGGGUUUCAAAGGCAGGGAUAAAGGCAAAGGCAAAGGAAAGCACAUUUUCCGAACACAGCUCAGUGUACAGGAUCGAGUCAAGCGUUUGGCAGAGCCGAAAGCUCGUUCCAAAUGCCUCCGAUGCGGAAGUACAGGACACUGGGCAGGUGACCCCAUUUGCAAAUUCCCCAGCCAGGGGAAGAAACCGCCUGUCAAGCCCCAGGCAUCCAAGCCUGGUGUAGGAUAUAUGGCAAUCAGUGAUGAGGAGUCAUCUGCAGGUGAGUAUGGUGUUUUGCAUGUGCGUUCACGACAGGACCAGGAGAAGGAACACUCUGCUUUCAUGGCUUACAGGACCCCAGCUUCCAGACGUUCUGCAAAGGCACCGCCUUCAGCAGGUGGAUCAGCUGACUCAGGUGAUUUCAGCAUGGUCAGUGACACCCGCAAGGACAGAGCACGUCGGACCCGUGUCCCAGCCUCUGCACAGGGAAGUGAAAGCUUGCCUGAUGGUCUGCGGAGCAAUGCCUACAUUCAGGUCAAGACGUGCCUGGACUGUGGGCACCAGACUAGGACAAAGCGGGUGCAAGUUUUCACUGAACGGCCUGAGACAUGCAGACAUCAGGGCUUGGACAAACGUGGAAGUAGCAAGUUUACUGCACGGCUCUUUUGUAAGCAAUGUGGCACGUUUGUAGAUGAGAUGCCCCAAGCAGAAGCUAGGAGGAGACGUCAGUUGGAACAGGAUAUUGCCGCACUUGCCUCAAGUGCCAUUGACACCACUGAAAGGGUGAUCACAGCUGAAAAGGAUGAUGUUUGUUUGGACCAAGAGGGAGCAUACCACAUGAUGACCAUUUUCCAACAAGAUCUUGACUUAGAGCUGCAGUCAGGAGAACCUGUGCGUGCCGCCUUUGUUUAUGAGAUCCUUGCAAAUGCCAUUGAGGCUGUCCGAGAGGCAGACCCCGAGCACUGCUUCAUGGCAGUGGCAUUGUCACCCAUGGAUGACCAGAUUGUUGGACCUGCUUUGCGUGUGGUUGACAUUUGGAAUGAUGAAGGUGUUUGGGCAGUGUUGGAUGAAGGUUGCAACUUAACUGUUUGCGGUUCAGAAUGGAUGGAACGUGCUGUUGAGGCAUAUGCUGCCGUAGGGUAUGAUGUUGGGAAGGUUUCUGAUGAGACCAAGCCUUUCAAGGGUUUGUCAGGAGUCACCAAAACCCAUGGCAGUUACCGCAUCCCUUUUGCUCUCACUUUUGUCAACAACAAUCAGAAGUUGCCUGGUAUCAUGGAAACUCAUGUCAUUGAUGGCAAGAUACCAUUGCUGUUGUCACAACAUGCACAGGCAGCAAUGAGUUUGGUCAAAAUGAUGGAUGGAAGCAAAUGCACGGUAGGUCUAGGAGGACCAGAGGUUGAACUUUGCCGAGUGAAAGAAUCAGGAUUACUUUGCAUCAACUUGUCAAGUGCAUUGACGAGGUUGAAAGACAGGAAACUACCCCCAAGCUUGAAGGAGUUGAGACUUUCCUCGAGCGCGCCAACUGCUUUCCCAGCCAUGCUCGAGUCUGGCAGCACAAUCCCGGUGCUGAUCUCUUGUGGCAAAGAGUUUGACCGCACAAUUGCGGAUUUUGUGGAGUCCAACGCCUACAACAGAGGCAGAACGGUUGCAGCUUCAUUUGGCCUUUCUACAAGGACCACCUGGCUUGUGAACGUACUGAAGUUUGGGGAUCCUCACCAUGACCCCUCACUUCGAGGCCAUGUGUGUUGCCACCACGAGAUCUUGAAAGGUUUCUUUGAAAGCCAAGCCGCUAUGGUCGAGAUGCUGCGCAUUUUGGUGGAGACAAAGGACAAUGUCGGCAUGGUGGUUUACUGCAACAAGAACCGGCACCGCUCUGUUGGAGUGAGUUGGAUGCUUGCUUCGGCAUAUGGUGUGACCACAGGCGAUGAGAUCAGUGUGACUCAUGCAAAUGCAGCCGUGUCGUGGUCUCCGAUGUCUGGGAGUUGCAAAGGUGAAUGCAUGGAAUGCCGCCAUGAGUCUGCUGAAGUUCGAGAAGCAGCCAACGUUUGUGUCCAAGCGCUGGUGGAGUCAUACUUGAAUGCGGAGCCAGAUGAGGCUACACUGGCCAGAGUGCGCACAAGGAGAGGAAAGAGCCGAUUGCGAUCCGGUCUAGGACACCAACUCGCCGUGCAGCACCUCGCUCAGCACGAGACCGAGAGGCCGCAGCUCACGCCUAUCCUUGGCCAGGCUAUGCUUCGUCGAGGGCUUCGAGCACCAGGCAGUCACCGGGAGGAAGAGACACCCCCGGCGAAUGAGUUACUUGAAACUAUGAAGGCGAUGCAGAAGCAGUUGGACGAGCUGAAGAAGGAGAAGGGAGAGACGUCACACCGACGUCGGCGACGUUCGCGUAGCCAUUCGCGCGGGCGCCGUCGACGAUCAAGGACCAGAAGCGAUUCACGUGACUCAAGGAGGAGGACAUCAAGGAGGCCAAGAACACCCUCACCUCCGCGUGCUGAGCUUCGUGGACGUCCACCUCUUCCAAGGCCACCUUCGGUUCCACCGCCUGACAGAAGCCGCUCGGAGAGCGAGCGCCACUGGCCAAAGCAGUCCGGAUACAGCGGAUACAACGCGUAUGUUGCAAACCGCUGGCCUGCUCACUGGAAGUUCCCAGUGCUGCGACAGGGCCCCGAGUCUUGGAAUCGAAGGGUUCAAGUUGGAAAGACACCUGUGGAGUUGCUGGACGAGCUGUACUUCGCCGAGAACAAGGGAUGGGGCUUCAAGUCGCGAUGCUUGAGGUGGAUUGGCCCCUAUUUCCCUGCUUGGAGGGCCAACCAUGAGUCCAACGUCAAGGUUGUCGUUUUGGGAGAAGAUCCUGCGCCUUGUCAGUUCACCACUGAUCUGAUGAAGGAUGAAAUGCCAUGGACGGUCACUACGUUUGACUACGUGGCAGGGCAAUGGACCCUGACUGGUGUGCGUGAACCUUGCACAGAGCCACCAGCUUGGAACCAGGAGGCCCAGUCGAGGAUCAUGAUCUUUGCACUCGGUGAUGCACUCACCGAGGAAGUUGAUGACGAUGAUCUUGCAGCCGAUGCUGGCGAUGGAGAUGGCCAACAGCCAGAUGACCCGAAGGAUGAUGAACCUUGUCGCCAGAGGAGCACGAGGAGGAGAUCCAUGACCCUCCAGAAGCAGGGAACGCAACAGAGUACCCUGGUCAGGAAGGUUCAGCAAUGCUUGGUGUUGAGUUGCCAGCUGCUGGGAAUGAACCCCCAGUUCAAGAGAGACUUCGACAAGCAGCUGACUGUGCAGCCACCUGGACAGGAGAUCGUCCUAUCACCAACUUCAGAGGUUGAAGACAACGAUGUGGUGGAGCGUUGUGGCCCACCUGUGGUGGAAGCAAUGUACGGUGUUGACUGCGGAGAUUGUCAUUCGCCCUGGAAAACCCAUGAUGGAGUAGAGACCCUGGACAUCCAGGAGGAUUGGUCGAAGACACGCAAGAAGCUGAUUGAGACAGUUCCCAAAAGCCCUACUGCAGCAGACCUUCAAGAGGAGAUUCUGACCUGGGAUCAAUCAGAGGCAAUUGAAGAUGAUGAGGAGGAUUUGGACCCCUCAUCUGAUGACAUGCAAGUGCAACCCAUGGAUGAUUCAGUUGACUUGGAAAAGCUGACACCAGCUGAACAAGAGUCCCUAGCGCUUGACCUGCUUAAUUUGCCAGGAACCAUCGACGAGCAGAAGCGCAGAGCACUGUGGAGAAGGCUCCGACAGCGCACGCGCAUUGCCAUCAGGCGCUUGCACCGUCAGUUUGGACACCCAACGCCUCAGACCCCGAGAGCGAUUUUGAAGGCAGGCAAGGCACCUGCUGAGUUGAUUGAAAGUGCACGCCUGGUCAGAUGCACGGUUUGUGAAGAUACCAAACCACGCCCCAGAGAGCAUCCGGUAGGACCCAAGUUCCAAUUUGAGUUCAGUGCUUGCGUAGGGAUGGACGUUGCUGAGGCCAGUUCUGAUGGUGGCAACAAGUACUUCGUACUCAGCUUUGUGGGCAUUGCCACUGGGUUCCACUUGGCUGAAGUUGUCAAAGUUGGAGGUGGAAUGCCAACAUCAGAGCGUUGCGCCGAUGCCAUGGUUAGCCGUUGGGUUAGCUGGGCCGGCUGGCCAAAACAAGUCACCUGCGACAGGGGUAUGCAUAACCGUGGCGAGGUACAGUGCCCAGGCAGUGUGACUGACCUGGAGGAGGCAGGAAACCUUGGAGUGUUGGAAGACUCACUUGACCCGUCAGCCCGCUUUCACCUGAACCAUGCAGCCCGCAUGGCAGCCCAAAAAGCAUUCGUGCACCUGGACACGUCUUCACGCAUCCAAAGAGCACUGCUGCGAAAUGCAGCUGUACAGGACAAAACCUUCAAUGUUGGAGAUCUUGUGGUGUACCACCGUGACAACCAAGUCGGUGGGACGAUUUGGUCUACCGCUUCGCGCAUCAUAGGCAAAGAUCCACACCGAGGUCUUUGGCUUCUGCAUGAAGGUGUUCCCGUUUUGGUUGCUGAAAACAAGGUGAGAUCAGCAGAUGAAUCCGAGACCCUGGCAUACUCACUGCUGAACAACAUCCCAGUUUUGCCUGAAGUGAUCGUGUCUGGCCCCCAACAACAGAGAUACCUGAAGGUUGCCGACGAAGCGCCAUCGAGCUCAGCAGCAGGAAGUGUUCGAGGGCAGAAACGUGAGACAGAAGACAUCUUGGAACCCUCAGUGUUUGAAAUGAAAGAUAAGAUGGGCAAGGCUGCCCGGUCUGCACCCAAGACGCCCGGAGCGUUGGAGGGAGAUGUCAUGAUGGCAGAUGUGGAAACGAAGGAUCACUGGAGAAUCAGUGACACUUGUGCGAUCCGAGUUCAUGUUGAGCCAAGGUUCAAGGACUACAACCCCCUUCAUGAGGGAGGAGUACCAGAGGGGUAUCUUGCUGGUUCCGCAUGCAAGGUGCGGAAGAUCUUCACAGAUGGCUCUGUGAAGGACUUCGCUAAGUUUUCUGCGUUUGCUGCCCAUCGUGUGGGUUCCGAUGCCGCUGCUGCAACACAAGAGGGAAAGGUCGCGAAGACCUUGAACAUCAACGACGUGGAUGAAGAAACCCGCACGACUUGUCAGUUGUGGAAACUUCGAGAGUGUCAAUGUGUCAACAAGGAGGAGAUUCGCUGCGACAGCCCGACGUCGGAGCCAUUGUCACAUCUGGUGCUGUGUACCUGGGGCGCCCUAAGUAGCUAUGCUGCUGCGCGCAAGCUUCGACUUCGAACGGCGGAUAUCACGAACAUCCCUGCGGAUGCGGCGCUGAUGUGCCGAGUCCCGGUCUAUGGAACGAAAGAUGCUGGACGAGGUUUUUAUCUGCGGAUGAACGCCGAGAUCCUAGCACGAGGAUUUGUGGCUUCUCAGAUUUGCCCCGCGACAUACUAUCUCUUCGGCAAGGCCCAACAUCUUGCCGCUAUGAUGUGUACGCAUGUGGAUGACCUCAUCUUCGCCUACACAGGCGAAGGCAAGGAAGCCGUAGAUGCAAUCCUCAGCCGCUUUUCGGUUGGGAAGAUCAAAGAAGGUUCGUUCCGCUACUGCGGACGCCGAGGACUGGCCUGGAUCAGCCGCUAUGGUCGGCCAGAUCUUUCUUACCGCGUGAAUGAACUUCAGCGUUGUUUCCAUUCCAAAAGCACAGUUCAGAGCCUGAAGGACGCCGACAGGGUUGUAGAGCUUGCUUUGCAGGGAAGUGACUUCAAGAUCACUUUCAAGACUGAUUGGAUCGAUUGGAAGGAUCUUGCGGUCGUUGCCUUUUCCGACGCCAGCUUUGCAAAUGAAGCUGAGUUCAAGAGCCAACAGGGACGCAUCCACUACAUCACGUCCCGCAGUGAUGUGAAGUUGGGUGAGCACAAAUUUCACCUGAUUGGGUUUGGAUCGUCGACCCUGAAGAGAGUUUGUCGAGCUACUCUGCAGGCUGAGGCAUAUGCUCUGCAGGGAUCAAUUGAAUCUGGAGACAAACUUCGAGCCUUGCUUUGUGAGUUGACUGGCCAUUUGAAAACAGUCAAGGAGUGGUAUGAACAGAGCCAACGCGCAAUGCUGCAUCUGUACUUUACAGAUUGCAGCUCCCUGAGCGAUCACUUGUCUUGUGAAGUUGCACGUAAGGUGCAGGACAAGCGCUUGGGUAUUGAGCUCUCUGCACUGCGACAAGCUUUGUGGAUCAAUGCUGAGAAGACAUCCGAGAAGUACCACCCAGCAGGGGAUGAUAUCGAAUGGAUCGACACUGGCAGGCAGUUGGCAGGCUGCCUGACCAAGAGCAUGAAACCUGACUUUUUGAUCAGGGUGCUUGCUGCGGGGUACAUCAACGUGAAAAAGCCGAACUGA